ACAGCACCAGGGGCGGAGUCUGGCAGGUGAGGGGCUCGCCGCGGAGAUCGCUGACGCGGCCCGGGCAGCGGUGUGGUCGCUGGUUACCAGACCAUGCUGAGCGGAGCGCGCGCCUGGCUCCUCGCCUUAUCGCUGCGGGGUACAUGCACGCUGCCGUCCGCGGUCGCCCGUAGGUGCCUUCACGCGUCGGGGUCGUGGCGGUCCGCAGACAAGAGCGAGAAGACGGGGAACGCGCCCCGCGUCUUCGACCCGGCCCUGCUCGAGUUCCUGGUGUGCCCACUCUCCAAGAAGCCGCUCAGAUUUGAAGCAUCGACAAAUGAAUUGAUCAAUGAAGAAUUGGGAAUAGCCUAUCCAAUUAUUGAUGGGAUUCCUAAUAUGAUACCACAGGCAGCUAGGAUGACACAUCAAAAUAAGAAGCAAGAAGAAAUGGAGCAGCACUAG